GUUACGUUGGUUCAAGAGUUGUUGUACCUCCUCAUUUUUCUGAGAGGCAUUCUGUUACAUUACUCUUUCACUCAUCUCACCAAGCAAGCAUCUUCCGUUUUUGAAAGUAGAAAACCUAAUGAGAAAUCUCAAUCCUCAUGCGCUAACUUCUUUUCCUAACAAACUAUUUCACAUUCCCAACAGAUUUUACUGCGUGGAUUCUGAAAAAAUGCCCAAAGGCUUCAUCGAUCGUUUCAAGUGGAAAUUCAGAAAAUACGAAACUGUUCCAUACACUAAACGAUCACGUUAUAUUAUAUACCCAACACAUCAGAGGGAGAGAAGUCGCGGCGAGAAACAGUUUCAACUAUUCAAACAAAGUUUCCGACGAGAUGCAAUUUUGCCUCCUUCACAUCCACAUACUGUUAGGGUUAAAAAGAUUCUCAAUAACAUUCUCAAUGCAUUGCAGAAAGAGAGGAACAAAAUGAGGUCUGCUUCUUCUAACUAUAGCUUUUUGCAUCUUCUUUGGUUGCGUCUUAUUCGAAGGUUACCGCCUUCUAUGUCCCAUCUGGAUGGAUUAAAUUGGGAGAUUUUGGUUGUCAAUGCUCCUGACUUAACUUGCCAAUGUUGCCCUGGUGGCAAGAUGAUUAUAUCCAAGGUUCUUAUUAACCAUUUUUCAAAUGAUGCGGAGAUUGCAACUUGUAUUGCACAUGAGGUUGCACAUAUUGUGGCUCGACACCCUGCUGAAAAAAUCACAAAGAGCGUGUGGAUUUAUAUUGUGUAUAUGGGGCUUAACAAGUUUAUCAGCAUUGAUUAUAGUAAGCAAGUGGCGCCGCUUGUCUCUAGACUACCUUUCCACCGACGGUUUGAAAUCGAAGCUGAUUACAUCGGCCUUCUACUAAUGGCAGCAGCUGGCUAUGAUCCUCAGGUGGCACCUAAAGUAUGUGAAAAGAUAGAAACGUUAUAUGAACGUGACAACGAUUCUAUGCUUACAUGUUUUUUUGAUACCCAUCCAUCAGGAGGAAAAAGAGCCAACGCAUUGACUCGGCCUAAGAUAAUGAAUGAAGCUCUUGUUUUAUAUAAUGAGGCAAUUGCAACAACAAGGUGUGGGGUUGAAUGA